AUGGCGUCAUGUGCGCGGCCGUCUGUUUGUCUACGGCGUUCAAUGCACACGCAAAGUGUCACAGCUCUGCAGGCAGCAGCUCUUCUUACUUUUUCUCCUACGAUGUUUCUUGUGUUCGUGCACAAUGUCUUAGGUGCUGCAAGGGUGAGUGUGGGAUCGGAAACCCAUUGUCCUUUGCAGCAAACAUCUCCAUGGCAGCCAGCCAGCCAUCUGUUAGAGAUGCGCCUUGCGAUGCCCCUUGAUAAACAAUCUUGUGGUGAUGGUGUGGUUGUCGAUCAGACGAGCCUUGCCAGGAGCCGGAUUCAUGGCUGGAGUUACUCGGCAAUCAGGGCGAGAGAACUCGCAUCCCUAACCCCCGCUGUUGAGGGUGAAACACCGGCCGAUCGGUUGGAAGGAGAAGUCAUUUCCGCGUCGAAAGGACUGAUCUGGAACCCUCGGGAGGAGUCGAGGAUUCUUGGUUGGGCCUUUCUUGGUUCUGGUCCACCACCGGCUGCAGGAGACGAUGGAGACGCGGGAUGGGACGAGAUUAAUGACUUCAUGAUGAUGUGGCUGACCAUCGUAGAUGUGAUUGACUCCAAGUUCUACCGAACGGGCGGAGAUAAUCCGGCCCAAGUCCUGUCUGGUCUGCCACUACUGGACGUCUCUACAUAUUCUACACAAUAG